CCAGAACCUUCUCUCUCCCCCUCCCGUCCGAGAUCCCCCAUGCCGGCGGCGACGGCGACAUCGCCCUCUCCGGGGACCUCCACCGCCCGGCGCCCAACCAACCCCCUCCACCGCGCCUCCUCCUCCUCCUUCCUCCCCCCGCAGCCGCGGCGGCGGCCGCUGACCGGAGGCGCCGUCGCCGCCUCCGCCUGUCCCGGACGCCGCGUCGCCUGCUGCAAGGCCGCCGGCCCCUCCGCCGCCGACCACGUGGGCGAUGUAGAGGAGCAGACGUGGGACGAGGUCGUCCUGGGGUGCGAGACGGCGGUGCUGGUCGAGUUCUGGGCGCCAUGGUGCGGCCCCUGCCGCCUGAUGCACCCCAUCAUCGCAGACCUGGCCAAGGCCUACGCCGGCAGGCUGAGAUGUCUGAGGGUGAACACGGACGAGAACCAGGAGGUGGCCACGAGAUAUGGCAUCAGGAGCAUCCCCACCAUCCUCAUCUUCAAGGACGGUGAAAGGAAGGAGACGGUGAUCGGCGCCAUCGCAGACACAGCAUUGGCCGCCACGGUCGACAGGUUCUUGUGAGCCUACAUGCAGUAACAUAGUACAUGCUGAUCCGAGUGAAAGGAUUUUGCAACGAGCCUGGCAUUCUAGCUCUGCUUCCAUGAUUUUAUUUUAUUUUUGAGAAAUCUGACUGAGUUUGCGUGCACACGGGAAUAAUUUGCUGUCACUGUUUAUGAUUUGAUGAUCAUUAAGCCUGCAAGAGGAUAACCAGUUUGAAUGGCUGACUACUGUUGGUUGGGCCAUAUGUA